AUGGAAUUUAAAAUUGCAGCAAUAACCUAUAAUGUAAAUAAACAAAAGCCUUUACAGGAUGAUAUUAUUUGUUGGCUGGACUUUGAAGAAUUAAAUGAUUCUCAAAUCGUUUGUUUUGCGUUGCAGGAAGUUCCUCAUGCAGAAAUGUUAAAAACAACUUCAAAUACUUGGUGUGAACAAUUAACUAAUUGGAUGAGGGAGAAAAGUUUUUCUUUGGUUAAUAAAAUUUGUUUGGCUUCGAAUAUGUUGUUGAUUUAUUUAAGAGUGGAUUUGCUACAAAUGCUUGACCUUAUCGAUGAGCGUUGGUGUAGAAGCAGUUUAUUUGGCACAAUUGGAUAUAAAGGCACAAUAUCUUCUCGGUUAUUAUUUCGCUCUGGUAUUUCAAUUGUUUUUAUUGCUAGUCAUUUCUUUGCUCAAGAAAAAUUUUUGCGUGAUAGAAUUAAUCAAUAUAAGCAAUCUCUAAAUUGUACAUUUCCUGAAAUUGACUGUCCCAAAAAGCACAUUAUUUGGUUAGGCGAUUUCAAUUUCCGUGUUGAAGAUUUUUCUGAUUCUCAACAAUUAUUAUAUGCUUUAAACAAAUUAGAUGAUGUUGAUAUGCUUACAAAUAUUGCAAAUUCCCAUGAUCAACUAAUAAAAGCAAAAAGAUUGAAAAAAGUUUUUCAAGAUUUUGAAGAAGGAAUUAUUAGAUUUAAGCCAACUUAUAGAAUAAUGGUCGGUUCAGGCAAAUUUGAUCAACAAAGAAUUCCUUCAUGGUGUGACAGAAUACUAUUUAAAAGUAACAAAAAUAGCAAUUCUUCACUUUUAAUUAAACAAUAUCGUUCUUGUCGUCGAAUUACUUUAUCUGAUCAUUUUCCCGUUUCUGCAAAAUUUACUCUUGGAAUUAAUUCUUCAAUAAAUAUUUUGACUAAAGCUGAAUUGGCUGUUUGGCCUUGUUAUUUUGAACAUAUACCGAGGUUUAGAAAUUUUUUAAAAUUUAUUUUGGGCAAAGGUUUUCUCUACCUGACUAUCAAAACUAAAACAUUUUGGAAAAAUUUUUUGAAUUUUUUUGUUGAGGAUUUCUUUAUUUUACCUUUUCUCUUUGGUAUUUUCCUUCUCCCCUCAUUUUUAAUUUAUCUUUGGAUUCUGUGA